AGUUUUCAGUAAUUUUAAUUCCAAUAGUUUUUUUAUUCCAUUCUCUUUCUUUCUCUUCGUUGUAAUAUAAAAAAAAGCACUAGUCUUUGAAUUGAUCUUUAAAAAUAAAAUAAAAAAUCCUCUGUUGAUUAAGUUGCGAUUUGAAGUCAGAUCAAGCUUAAACCAAAUUUGGGCACUCAAUUACAUCUUCUCAACUACUAUUCUUAAUUUUUCAGAUUUAAAAGAAAGAAAAAAAAUCAAUCAAACUCAAACUCAAUUAAAUUGUCAACUUUUCCGAUUAAAAGAAGACGAAGAAGCAUCAGGACUUUUCUUUAGUUUUCAGCUGCACUGUGCUCAGUUGCAUUAAAGUAGUACAAGGCAAUUGCUAGCAUGGACAUUGUUAUUUCAGUUGCAGCCAAAAUAGCAAGAGUAUACAGUGGAACCAGUGGGUCGAUGGUUGGGUUAUCUGUUUCGCUACACAACCAAUGUCGAUAAGCUCAAAAAACAAAUGCAAGAUUUGAAGGAUGCCAAGGAUGGAUUGCAACAUCAUGUUGAUGGAGCCAAGAAUAAUUGUGAAGAAAUCAUUGCUGAGGUUGAAACAUGGCUAAAGAGAGUUGAUGAAAUCUCUGAAGAGGCUCACACGUUUCUUAACGAUGACGAAGGCCAUGCAAAGGCUCUAUGUUCUUCUUGUGGGUCUGUUUUUCAUUUGGUGACACGACAUCAACGGAGUAGGAAAGCAAAUAAGACGUCAAUCGUAGUAUGCGAAGUGAACAGAAAUAAAUUUGACCGGAAACAAAUUUCUUAUCGCGGUCAGCUAGAAAGUUGCUUCACAGAACCCAAAGACUACGAGACUUUUGAGUCAAGGAAGGAAAUUCUAGAGAACAUAAUGGAAGCUGUAAGGGAUACUAAUAGAAGCAGAAUAGGUCUGCAUGGAAUGGCUGGAAAUUGCAAAACUAUGCUUGCUAAUGAAAUUGCUAGACAUGCUGAGAAAGAGAUGUUAUUUAGUAAGGUGGUUAAGACAACUGUUUCCCAAACACCCAAUAUAAAAGAGAUUCAACAACAUAUUGCUGACAUGCUUGAGCUAAAGUUUGGCGAAACAGAUAACACUAAGGGAAAGCGAGCAACACUUCUUCAACAACGAUUAAAGCCAGAAAAUAAGAUUCUGUUAAUUCUUGACGAUAUUUGGAAGGAACUCAAUCUAAAAGAAAUUGGAAUCCACGACGAGUGCCAGAUGCUACUAAUCUCUAGAACUCGACAUGUUUUACACAGCUCCAUGGGUAUUGCUGAGAGUAAUGUGUUCUUACUUGAAGUUUUACACCCACUAGAAGCUACAAGUUUGUUUAAGAAAAUCAUUGGAGAAAUAGUUGAAAAUGCAUAUUACAAAUCUUUGGCACGCCAAAUUGUUGCCAAAUGUGCGGGCCUACCAGUUUCCAUUGCUACAAUGGCACAUGCUUUCAAAUGCAAUAUGGAAUUGUCCAUAUGGCAGGAUGCAUUGCAUCGACUACGGAGUUCGGGCUUCAUAGUGAUCGAGGGAAUGGAUAAGAAAGUCUACUUGAGUAUUAGGUUGAGUUACGAUUUUCUUGGAAUUCAUGAGAAGAAGGCCAAAUCAUUGUUAUUGCUUUGUGCUUUACAUAAAGAAGAUGCACAAAUACGAGUGGAAGACCUGAUGAGAUACAGUGUGGGUUGUCGCUUGCUUCAAGGCGUCAACAUAGUAAAAGAAGCAAGAAAUAGGGUGAAUUCAUUGGUUGAUAAAUUGAAAUCUCAUUGUCUGUUGUUGGAUGGUAAAAGUAAAAGUUAUGUGAAGAUGCAUGAUGUUAUUCGUGAUGUUUGCAUAGUAAUUGCAAAUGAAGAUGAGCAUAGGAUGAAUAACAUUACUAGUGCUACUAUGUAUGAGGAAUUUGUUGCCCAUGAAAGACAUAAAUCAUCUAAAGCAAUUUCCUUUCUUGGCUAUGAUGAUUAUGAAAAUCUUCCUAAAACAUUGGAAUGUCCCUGCUUAGAGUUGCUUCUUCUUUCUAGUUUUUCUUUGAAAUCAAUUCCAGACGACUUUUUUGAACAAAUUAAGAAACUUGAAGCUUUGGUUAUGGGUAAUACAAGACUAGAAUCAUUACCAUCAUCCUUUCACUUCCUUCAAAAUCUCCAAAAAUUAUGUCUACGUGGUUAUUCUCUGAUAGACAUAGCCAUGAUUGGACAAUUGCGGCAUUUGCAACUGCUAGAUCUACAAGGAUGUUAUGGUUUAAGAGUCAUUGAGCCUAAUGUCAUUUCAAAUUUGACACAAAUGGAAGAGCUCUAUCUGGCAGAAAAUGAAAAUAUUUUGCCUGAGAAGUUGUUUAGUGAAAAUUUGGAGAGAUACCAAGUAUCUAUUGGGGGUGGUGAAUACAGCAGGUAUAAUGAAUUUCCAAGGUGGUUGCAGCUCAAUCUCUCAAAUAUGAGUGAAAAAAAUGCCUCUGGACUAAAAUCAUUGGUUAAAAGGUCUCAAUAUUUAUCACUAGAGAGAUUAGUGGAUGUCACCAAUGUUGUUCAUGAUCUUGAUAAAGAUGGUUUUCCUAGAUUAAAGCACCUGAGGCUUAUACAAUUGUUUACCGAGAUUUUCGGAAACUAUAUUAAUGAAAAAUCAUUAGCCAUGAUGUUGGGCGUCACCCUUCAUUCGGAGGAGGACGUCAACAGGGCCCUCGUCGCCCUCCUCGGGUCCCGGACCCCCAAAGGCAACAGUUGGGAGAUGGACACGGUGCCGAAUCUGUUUCGAAACUACCGGAUGAUGUGGCAGGACCUUUUGCCCAGACUCCUCUCAUCCAAUUCAUCUUGGACCGGAGGAGGAGACUCUGACAUGUCUACCCCCAUGGACGAGAUGAUUCAACUCCUCGAAGCCUGGGCUGCGAGGGCGGCCAAGGUCGCAGCCAAAAAGGCUGCCAAGAAGAAUCCAGAGGCGCCGGGCCCGGACCCUUCCUUCAACAAGGAGACCCAGAGGCGGAACCUCAACCCGACGAGGGACGCUCUGCUGUCCCACCGAAAUGCUGAACUGGUGGCCGAGGCGGCCAUGAAAAUGGAGAUGCUCCAGCUGGAGCUAGAGGCGGUCGUAAAUCAAAGGGAGGCCGCCAAGGAGGCCCUGGCCAGGGAGAUGGCCCAGGCUCGGGAGACUCUGAGCAAAGCGGUUUCUUAG